UAUUCGUGUAUAAUAUACUAACGACAAUUUUGUAAUAUUCAGUCUCGAUCUGGAUCGAGAACGCGUGAUGCAUUAUAACGAUAUAACACACGAAGGACUCUCAUCAGUGUGCAUUGUGGUGUUUUUAGGCUACGCCGUUCGUAGGCUAAGCUAAAAAAUCAGGUGAACAAAUAUUGAAUCAGGGCAUGCCAGAUACAAGGGUCAUUCCAGUUUUUCCGUGUCAUUUUCAUGCCCUAUGGACUCGCCUAAAUUAUUCAAAACCAAAUUCUCAAGUGUUUGUCAAAAGAUUGGAUUUGGAAAUAAUCAGCAACUCCAUAUAAAAACAGGUGGGGCAAAAGGUUGUGUCGACCUUGAAUGAAAUAGAAUAGGUGACAGCCGGCGACGUCUCUGCAUUUUUUUUUGUACUGGCAUGACUUGCAUCGGAGUUAAGUUAUUGCCCCCCCAAAUCAGAGAAGAAUUAUUAGUGAACAACCAAUUGCAUACAAUCAAUCCUGGUACCGUCUCCGAUUGUCGUCCAGUUUCUACCAGACUCACGCUGAUUCUAUGCAUCUGGAAUUCGAAAUGACGGACCAUUUUCUCAACAUUUUCAACGCGUGUGUGUUCAACACGAAAGCAAAACUAUAAAAGCUCAGACUUCGGACUUGAAAAGUACGAGCGUUAGUAGUCAGUGGGUGGCAGAGAUAAUCAUUGGUACCUCACAACACUCUCCGAGCAAAUUCUUAAAAAAUGGCCAACAAAUUGGCACUUUUGCACAUUGUUAUUGCGUCUUUUGUUCUCGAAUCAUUCAUAUGCCAUGGUCUACCUGCGUACUCCCAAGAUGCCGACAUGACAGCCACGAAUGAGCUUCUCGAAGCCAUGGAUACGACAGUUGAUCCGUGUCAAGACUUUUUCCAGUACGCUUGCGGGGGCUGGAUCAAAAAGAAUCCAAUCCCAGCGUCGAAAUCGAGCUGGUCUCAAUUUGACAUGAUGAAUAGAAAAUUAGUGAACAUUUUACAAGAUAUUUUGACGCAGACAAACGUAGACACAGACCCGAUUCCAUUAAAGUUUUCGCGAGAGAUGUACAAUGAUUGUAUGAACACAGCUGCUAUAGAGAAAAUUGGGCUGAAACCCUUGACCGACUACCUGUCGUUAUUUGGCGGCUGGCCGAUGACAUUGGAUCAUUGGGACGGGUCAACUUUCAAUUGGAAAAAAGCAUCCGCAUCAGCUUUCACUACUUACAACUUGGCAUUACUGAUCGACUUUUACAACAAUUUAGACAACCAAAAUACCCAGAGAAAUAUCAUUUACGUCGACCAGGAGUCGCUCAACAUUUUACCGCGUUCAGUUCUAGUCGAUUUAGAGGACCAACCCGAUAUUGCAACGGCAUACAUUGAACUGAUGAUUGAAUCUGCUAAAACCGUCCGAGAUUGGCAUCGUACCAACGUUAGCGAUGCCGAAAUCGAAGCCCAAGCUCAUGCCGUUUUACAAUUCGAAUCACAAUUGGCCAUGAUUAUAGUUCCUGAGGAGAAUCGUCGAAAUAGCACACGAAUGUACAAUCCAAUGUCUUUGGCUGAGCUUCAAAAUUGGACAGAUAAAGGCAACACCACGAGUUCUCAAGCAAAGAUUAACUGGUUGGAAUACCUCAACGACAUUUAUUCGGUGGCUAACAUCACCAUUCCGGAGACGGAGCAACUGAUUGUAGUCGAAACGGAUUAUUUGAAGCAGCUCAUCCAACUUCUCGAUAAAACACCUACACGAGUACUCGCUAAUUACAUCCACUGGCGGAUAGUCAAUAAUUUAGCAACAUACACCAAUCAACGGAUGGCUGAUUUACAAUUUGAAUUCGAAAAAGUAAAUGAAGGAAUUUUGAUAUCCACUUCCAGGUCAAGUAAAUGCGUCGACGUCAUAAACGAUCUCAUGGGUUACGCCCUCGGUUCAGUUUACGUGCAAAAUGUUUUUGAUGAUGAAUCCGUUGAAGAGAUUAAAACCAUGAUCGCAAAUUUGAAAACGGCUUUUAAAUCUCUUGUCAGCGACGCAACGUGGAUGGAUUCGGACACAAAAUCAAUAGCCAAAGACAAAGUCGACGCCAUGAUCGAAUUUGUCGGCUACCCACCAUGGAUAAAGAAUAAAAAAUCCCUUGAAAAUUAUUAUAACGGGAUUCCAAUAACAUCGACUGGUUGCCAUUUCUGCAACGUUCAACAAGUCUACGCAUCGGUCAACAAAAAUGAACUUGCAUCUCUUCGCAGCAAACCUGAUCGCAAUGAAUGGGAUGAAGAGCCGACAGUUGUUAACGCUUUUUACGCUAGCACCACCAACUCCAUUACUUUUCCAGCUGCGAUUCUACAAGCUCCUAAUUUCGCAAAGGGACGAUCAGCAGCAAUAAAUUACGGUGCUAUGGGUAGCAUGAUUGGUCAUGAAAUCACUCAUGGAUUUGAUGAUCAAGGUCGGCAGAGCGAUAAAAACGGCAAUACGGUUCAGUGGUGGACGGAGACAACGCUGGAAAAAUAUCAAGUGCGAUCCAAAUGCUUCAUAGAUCAAUACUCCAACUACACGGUCCUCAAUGGAACCAGAUUAAACGGAAUCAACACCCAGGGCGAGAAUAUUGCGGAUAACGGAGGAGUCAGAGAAGCUUUCAGGGCUUACCGCUACUAUGUGGCAGCAAACGGAGGCAGCGAUCCCAGUCAAUUCCAGAAUAUGACUCCCGAACAAGUUUUCUUCUUGGCCUAUGCCAACAGCUUCUGUGGAGUUAACACUCCCGAAGGGCUGAGCAACAUGGUGGAAACGGAUCCUCACAGUCCGCAUCGCUUCCGCGUCAUAGGAACGCUGUCAAAUAAUGAAGACUUUGUCCGCGAAUUCAAAUGUGGCGCCGGCACUCCAAUGAAUCGUCUAAAUAAAUGUAUUCUUUGGUAAAUUCACUGUUGAAUAAUUGAAAAAGAAUAAAUUACUGUUUUUACCAACCA